AUUGUUUAUCUUGAUUGGUUUUCUCUUCCAGAGAAACGGUCCUGUCAUGGUUAACGAUGAUGGCGGCAGCGAUGUGGAAGCAGGGUUUGCGAAGCUGCAAGGUGAGGACUUUGAAUACUACAUGCAGACGUACACGAUCAUGCUAGGUCGAAACAGCAAGAAAUCUACUGUGGAUGUCGAUCUCUCUUCCCUCGGAGGCGGCAUGAACAUCUCCCGCCACCACGCUCGUAUCUUCUACGAUUUCCAGCGCCGACGAUUUGCCCUAGAGGUUCUCGGUAAAAACGGUUGCUUCGUCGAGGGUGUUCUUCACCUACCUGAAACACCCCCUGUAAAGCUUGAUUCACAAGAUCUCCUUCAAAUCGGCGACAAGGAAUUCUAUUUCCUCUUACCAAUUCGAAGUAUUCUUGGCGGUCCGAUCGGACCGCGUCAGUCUCUCAGUUAUGCACAGCUGCAUCCGACUUCAGCGGGUAGGGUUGUGUCCACAUCCCCUCCUAGGGCCAGUUAUGGUUCUUCCAAGAAAGGUUCGGCUUCUAGGGCUUUGACUAUUAAUAAUAAUGACUAUUUUGAGGAAGAUAACGGUGGAGGAGAGGAUACCGAUAUAGUUGCUGGUAAGAGAAUAAGGAGAUCUGAGGGAAUUGAAGACUAUCGUUAUGGUGCUGCUGCUUUGCCCGGGAGCUUAGAUAGGAAAGUUGAGGGAAGAUCAAGAGUUGACAGAGAAUCUGAAAAUCAGCAGUUUCUGCAGUUGGAAGAAAAGGAAAUAGUAUCAUCUGUGGCAACUGUUCUUUCAGAUCUUUGUGGCCCUGGAGAAUGGAUGGCAAUGGAAAAACUUCAUUCAGAGUUGAGGGAACAUUACGGGUCUGUUUGGCAUCAAAGUUGUGUGAGGCGAUACUUGACGUGUGAAGACUAUCCAGAAGCGAAAGGAAAAGCAUGGUAUGGGUUGUUAAUAUUGUUGAGGAAAUACCCACAACAUUUUGUCAUCAACACAAAAUCUAAGGGACGUUUGAAGCAGGAAUUCGUGUCUCUUGUCUCGUUACUCUCUUGACCAAUGCAAAAAAAGUUAAAUUUACAUGGUUUCUUUCAUUAUCUCUAUUUUCUUCUGUCCUCAAGCUGCGGAUUAUGUACACUGUAAAGCCGUUUUCACUUUAGUGACUCACAAUUCUUUGGGCAUUCUUA